AUGCGGAAUAAAAAAACGGCGGCAAGGGAAAAGUCACCCAUAGUUGUUAAUGAGGCACCUAAGAAUAAAUCAACACCGAGAAAGAAUAGAGCAAGUCAAUCAUUAGGGAGAAAAACAUAUCAGGCUCGAUCAAAAAGUAGAUCUCGAAAAGGUGUUAAUUCGAAAACAAGAGGAAGGUCAAGAUCGAGGUCUAGGCCAAGGCCAAAAUCUAAAUCGAAAUCUCCUCAGAGGAAAAGCAGGCCUCGUUCAAGGUCACGGUCCAUUUCUAUCAAAAGUCCUGUCAGAGUUUCAUCUAGAGUUAAAAAUCAAACUGAUAAAUUAUACGAAGAUAAUUCAUCGAAAGAAACAAUCCUCAAAGAUGUAAUUAGGAGGAGUAUAUCUAGAGAAUUAUCACAAAGCAAAACCAAUAGUUAUAGAGUAGCUUCGACAUCAUCAGUUCUUAGCUACUUACCAGAAACAGAUACCAUAAAUCCAGAUAAUAAUUACACUAAAUCAAUUUUAAAAGAAAAUAAUUAUCCAAAGAAAAAAAUUUCAUUUUCAUUUAUUAUUCCGCAAUGGAUAAAAAUCAUAACAGGUCUUUUCAUCCCUCCAUCAGUAGUAUUAUUUUUACACAUUAUUUGCAAAUACAACAAUUGUUAUAUUGAUAAAUUAAAUCAAUUUCCCAAAUUGGAAAAUUAUUUUAAUUUACACAUAAGUGGUCUCAUCAUCGGUUUUGUUUUUCUACAAAUUUUUUUCUCUCUUCUUCCCAUUGGUAAAAUAGUCUACGGACCACCUGGAAUUCACGGUAUUCUUCAGUAUCGUUGCAAUGGUUUACUUUGUACCUUUUUAACGGUCGGAGUAGUUGCAGGAAUGUGGAAAUUUGAAUUACCAGUAACGACAAUUAAUGAAAAUUUAAUUCCAUGCCUUACAUUCACGAUAAUAUUAUCUUAUUUUCUCGGAUUUAUAUUAUUUUUAAAAGGGGGCAAAGCCCCCGUCAUAGGUUUGAACCCCCUGUGCAUCGUGGAAAAUAAAUUUUAUCAAUUUUACAAAGGACGUGAAAUAAAUCCUUUAUUAUUUGGAAAAAUCAACGUUAAAGUUUUAUUGAUUAGGACUUGUUUAAACGGAAUGCUUCUCAUAAAUGGAAUAAUGGCAUUGAAAAUUUACGAAAGCAAAAAAGAACUUUCAUAUGCUUUGACGACAAAUCUCGUUAUAAAUUCUCUCCUGGUUUUUGAUUUUUUCUGGUUCGAAAAUUAUUUUCCAACGACUUUCGAAGCCAUGUACGAAGGAGUGGGUUGUUUGUUCGUAUUGAAAUAUUUUCUGUAUCCCUUUUUCACAUUAUUGAUAACAAAAAAUAUAAUAAUUCAUAAUUUGGAAAUCCCUUUGUGGAACGUGGUUUUAACCGGGUUCCUUUUCGUCACGGGAUACAUUGUACACAGAGCUAGUAAUUUACAAAAAGCAGUUUUUAGAAAAAAUCCAUUGAAUCCCGCUUUGUCGCAUUUAGAAACCAUGUCGACCAACAGAGGUAAAAAAUUACUCGUCACAGGUUGGUGGGGUUGGGUACGUCAUCCAAAUUAUCUCGGUUUUAUUAUUCUUCAUUGGGCUUGGGCAUCGUCCUCAGGUUUUUCCCACGGUCUCCCCUACGCGGUCCCAUUAACGAUAACACUUUUGAUGAUGAUAAGAGCCAAACGGGUGGAUGAAUUUUGCGGGACUCGUUAUCAGUCGUUUUGGAACGAAUAUUGUAAUCGAGUACCUUACAAAAUUUUCCCACGAGUUUAUUAA